GAAGCAAUUUUCUUUUCUUUUGUCUAUUUAUACACUCAAAUUCCUCCACUGCUCUCUCAAUUCUCAAACAAUUGAGCUCAUUUCUGAAGGCUGUAACAAUGGCUUCAGAGAAGGUUGAGACUGUUAUAGCUGGAAGCUACAUUGAGAUGGAGAGGGAAGGGGAAGAUUCCAAGUCUGCAAAGGGCAAAUUUUCAAGCUUCUUUUGGCAUGGUGGCUCUGCAUAUGAUGCAUGGUUUAGCUGUGCUUCUAACCAGGUUGCACAAGUGCUACUGACACUGCCAUACUCAUUCUCACAACUUGGAAUGCUAUCGGGGAUUCUUUUUCAGCUGUUUUAUGGGCUGAUGGGAAGCUGGACUGCAUAUCUUAUAACUGUACUUUAUGUUGAAUACAGAACUAGAAAGGAGAGAGAAAAGGUUGACUUCAGGAAUCAUGUAAUUCAGUGGUUUGAAGUUCUUGAUGGGCUACUGGGGAAACACUGGAGGAAUAUUGGCCUCUUUUUCAACUGCACUUUUCUGCUAUUUGGAUCUGUAAUUCAAUUGAUAGCCUGUGCAAGCAAUAUCUACUACAUAAACGACAAUCUUGACAAGAGAACUUGGACCUACAUCUUUGGAGCCUGUUGUGCAACAACUGUGUUUAUUCCCUCAUUCCAUAACUACAGAAUUUGGUCAUUUGUUGGCCUUAUGAUGACUACUUAUACUGCAUGGUAUUUAACCAUAGCUUCCCUAAUUCAUGGACAGGUUGAAGGAGUGAAGCACUCGGGCCCAACUAAAAUGGUUCUCUACUUCACUGGAGCUACUAACAUUCUCUACACGUUUGGGGGACAUGCUGUCACAGUUGAGAUCAUGCAUGCAAUGUGGAAGCCACAGAAGUUCAAGGUGAUAUACUUGAUGGCGACACUUUAUGUAUUAACCUUGACUUUGCCAUCGGCUUCUGCUGUGUAUUGGGCAUUUGGAGACAUGCUUCUUACCCAUGCCAAUGCUUUCUCAUUGCUCCCAAGAACUGGAUUCAGAGAUAGUGCUGUCAUACUCAUGCUUAUUCAUCAGUUUAUAACAUUUGGGUUUGCAUGCACUCCUCUAUACUUUGUGUGGGAGAAACUCAUUGGCGCUCAUAACACAAAGAGCAUCUUCAAGAGGGCACUGGCUAGACUUCCCGUUGUGAUCCCAAUAUGGUUCCUAGCCAUCAUUUUCCCUUUCUUCGGCCCUAUCAACUCUACUGUUGGAUCUCUUCUUGUCAGCUUCACCGUCUACAUCAUUCCUGCAUUAGCACAUAUGGUCACUUUUGCUCCGGCAGCAGCUCGUGAGAAUGCAGUAGAAAGACCACCAAAAUGCCUUGGAGGCUGGGCUGGCUUAUAUUCCAUGAAUAGCUUUGUGGUGGUAUGGGUCCUGAUUGUGGGAUUCGGGUUUGGAGGAUGGGCGAGCAUGCUCAAUUUCAUACAACAAGUCGAUACAUUUGGGUUAUUCACUAAGUGCUAUCAGUGCCCACCUCACAAGGGUUGACCAAUUAAAGAAAAAAGAUUAAAAGAAAUUCUCUUGUUAACAGAUUAAAAUACAUAUGUAAGUGUGUAAAGAGAUUGGCAUUUGUAACUUUAUUUCUCUUUCAAUCUUUUUGCUUUAUUGUAAGAGAGAGCUAUUGUUGAUGGUUUUCAUAUAAGGUGUGAUGACAACCAUAUUCAUGGCCACCCCCAUACGGACCUAGAGUUGUAACUUGUGUGUUAAUUAAUCUCAUUAAGAAUUGCAAGCAAAUUCCCAUUGGUUUUUCUGUGGGAUUUACUUA